GUUCGGCAUCUGUUAUCGCUAGUAGCAAGGUCACUCAAGGCGACAAGACACCUGGCUGGGUCUGGCUGACUCAGCUCCCAUCAGCCCUUGCACGCUCACCAUUUCCGCCAUCUUGGAACCAAAAGCGACCGAAAAGUCAGUGCGGUGUAAAGUGCGGGUAGAUGGUGGCGUAGAGGGCAAGAGAUUAUUAACAUGCAAGUAUAGCAGUAGACCCUGGCUCUUGUUACAUCCAAACUAAAUUUUAAAAAGGAUCACAGCGAGUUAUGGAGGUGAAUACAAACGGAGCAAGACGGCGCGCAAAGGACGGAUUACCAACGACCGAGACCUCCCCAGCGGAAAACAAAGAACAAGAGCGAAUGGAAACUAGCCCUAUUACAUCAGUAGGAAGAUAAAGAGAAGCAGGAAGCCACUAUGGCUCCAGCGAAGGAGCAAGAAUUGCCAGGAGUGUUGGGUAAUCUUCAGCCCAAAUGGAGAAACUGGUGGAUCAGAGGGGCAUUUUCCGCUGUCAUGCUCAGUGGGUUUGGUCUCAUUAUGUACACAGGACCUCUUGGCUUGAUCAUUCUGAUUCAAUGUCUUCAGAUAAAAUGUUUCCAUGAAAUCAUAUCCAUUGGCCACAAAAAGUAUCAGAAGCACAAUUUACCCUGGUUUAGAUCACUUAGCUGGUAUUUCCUUCUUGGAUCCAACUACUUUUUUUAUGGGGAGAGCAUCACUGACUUCAUCCGUGGAAAAGGAGUACACAAUGAGUCUGAUGAAGUUGUCAAGGCGUACUUCCCCUACCACAGGCUGAUAUCAUUUAUGCUGUAUACUAUAGGUAUAAUUCUGUUUGUUCUGAGCUUGAAAAAGGACUUCUACAAAGUUCAGUUUUCAUUGUUUGGCUGGACUCAUGUCACCCUUCUUAUAGUAGUCACUCAGUCACACUUGAUCAUGCAGACUCUGUUUGAAGGCCUUAUAUGGUUUUUCUUACCGGUUACCAUGGUUAUCUGUAAUGACAUCUGGGCCUAUAUUUUUGGGUUCUUUUUUGGACGAACUCCUCUGAUUAAGAUAUCCCCAAAGAAGACAUGGGAAGGUUUCAUUGGAGGUGGAUUUGCCACUAUUAUUUAUGGCUGGAUUGCCUGUUAUUUCAUGAUCCGGUAUGAGUUUUUUGUCUGCCCAGUGGAGUACGAUGAGACCUCUUCAUUCAUGUUCAAGAUGUCAUGUCAGCCAAGUCCAAUUUUUGUUCUUACUCCAUACUCCCUGCCUGGCCCUCUGAGGUUCUUGAUAAGCCUUAUUGGCAUCCGUCAGGAAGUUGUGUGGAUGUACCCAAUGCAUUUGCACUCUCUGAUCCUAGCCCUAUUCAGCUCGAUCAUUGCACCUUUUGGAGGCUUCUUCGCCAGUGGAUUCAAAAGAGCCUUUAAAGUUAAGGACUUCAGUGACACCAUCCCCGGACAUGGCGGCAUCUUGGAUAGGUUUGACUGCCAAUUCCUCAUGGCCACAUUUGUACAUGUCUACCACUUUACAUUCAUAAGAGCACCCCAGCCUCACAAGCUUCUUCAGCAAGUGUUGACACUAAAGCCAUCACAGCAGCUUGUGAUAUUCAAGAGACUACAGGAGGCUCUUAGUGCAAGGGGAUUGUUGUAAUCUAUAGGGUUUAUCAUGUACAUCGGGCAGAACGACAAAGUUAUGAAAUUAAAUAUUGGGGAGUUGUUAAAAAUUUUAAUCACAACCUCGGUAUCUUUUUUUUUAUUCUAAUUUGAUUAUUCAGAGCUUAAACUGUCAUAUUCAAAAUGGGAGAAAUGGUGAUUUACUCUAUCAAUUGACGACUAACUCAAGAUUCUUAUUAAGUUUUAUUAAUAGAUGCUUUCAAACUGUACAUAAAAAUAUUUAAUGAGAAAAUGAUAAAUCACCAAGAAGUCUUGUCUUGUUCUAAGGAUUUUAAUGCGUUUUAAUUGGCACAAGAAAACACUUCCUGUAAUGAAAUAACACUACACUGUGGAAACCUAGAAUAGUACCAGGAAUCAUUCCAGUCCAUGUUCAUAUUAUUGGUGUAGGUAUUGUAUUAGGGUCAGGCUGGGUGACUUAAUGGAAUAGUUUAAGAGUUAUCUUCCAAAACCUCAGGUAUGACUGGGAACACAAAAAGGGAAUAGCUAGAGCUGGAGCAACAUUGCAUGUAUAUUUAUGAACAUGUAACCUAAAUAUUUUGAGAUGGCUGAGGUAAUGGAAUAAAGUUUGUUGAACCAUU